UCGGAGCUUAAGCAGAGAGACAACGAUGGGCUUUCAAAGUGAAAUAAGCUGGAGUUCCCCCCUGGGUGUGGAAACUGGCUGAGUGGGAGGAGGAGUGACCGGAGGAAGGAUCUGGACAGGAGACCCUGGGACGCAGCAGGUUUGGACUGAAGACGCUGACGCUCACAGGCUCCAGAAUGGCGACCAUCACCGACAAUGGAAACCACCAGAACUGCACGUUUGUGGACAAACAGUUGAAACGUUAUUUCCUGCCCGUCACCUACUCCCUCAUCUUCAUCGUGGGCCUGGUGGGAAACGUGACCUCCAUCGGCGUCUACCUGACAAAGCUGCGUCCCUGGAAGAGCAGCAGCAUCAUCAUGGUCAACCUGGCGCUGACCGACCUCCUGUACGUCCUCAGCAUGCCCUUCCUGGUCUACUACUAUAGCUGGGAAUCGUGGACGCUCGGCGAAUUCAUGUGCCGCCUUGUGCGCUUCGGGUUUCACUUCAACUUGUACGGCAGCAUCCUCUUCCUCACGUGUCACGCAGUUUUCCGCUUCGUGGUGGUGACCAGGCCUUUGAAGGCCGCGCAGGUGCAGCAGCCGUGUUGGGGAAUCGUUGCAUGUUCGUUUGUUUGGAUCAUCACCGCCGCUGAGAUAGCUCCCAUGUUGAAUAUAAUAAAGGUGGAUGAACUCGACAACAAGACGUACUGUAUGGACUUCGCGAGCGCCAUAGGUAAGUCUUCUGAAUUGCACUGGUAUAGCUGGCUGCUCACCACGCUCGGAUUUCUACUCCCCCUAGUGGUGGUGUUCAUCUGCUACAUCGGUAUCGUGAUGAAGCUUGCAGAAGGGCCCGGCGCGAGCACUUCCAGUCGGAUGCGAGCGAGACGUGUGACCGUGCUGAUCCUGGUGGUUUUCGUUGUGUGUUUCCUGCCGUACCACAUCUUGCGUGUGUUGCGAAUAGAAAGUCAACAUAAGACACUGUGCAUUUAUGAGAAGGUCAUCCACGCCGCGUACAUCAUCUCCAGGCCUCUGGCUGGACUCAACACGUGUUUUAACCUGGCUCUGUACACUCUGUCAGGGGACAAGUUCAAGGGAGCUUUCCUCAGCACGUUCCACUGGACGGGUUGGCAGACCAAGGCCCGGUCGCUGCUGCACAAGGCCUUCAUCAGCAGAGCAGGCACUGACACGGCUGCUGUGUGAGGAGCACCAACUGGCCAACACCUGCUGUCACACAGGAGGCUCUGCAGACUUUCUCCAACUUUCUUCUUUGUUGAAUCACAGAUUGUGAAUAAACUGACCUAUCAGUGUCGGGUAGAAAGUGAGUGUCAACCCCUACGUGUAAAUAUAUACAAAGGUAAAAGUUUAUAUGUUAGAAUAGACUCUGUGUAUAACUGUCAGAGUGAUUUACCUGAUUGUGAUAUAUAAUACAAUGUCAUACAAUAAUGUUUUGUUUCCUAUCCUAAUCCAUAACGUGAAGUUGUGCACGUUUCGAUGACUAAACUUUUAGUGAUCCCUCUUGACGUAUAAUGUGUGUAUGUUCUUUGCAUAUCCUAGUUUAUACUUUUAUUGUGUAUGUGAAUAAAGUGAUAACAGAGCUAUAACCUGGACCAAGCUGCGUAAAUAUAGAAACAACUGUUUUAUUCUUGAGACGCGAUGCAAACUUAUGGAAAUCCUCAUUGACUCCAAACCAUAGAUACAUGUGUCUCACCUGUCGUGUGGAACAAUGAGCAGAUUCAGCACAUUUACAAUUCACACUGACAUUCAAACAGCUGUAAACAAAUAAACUAAUAAAAACAAUACAAUACACAA